AUGCCACCAACUAUCAUCUCAUGUUCUUUAAAACAUUUAUCAAUAACUAAUUUUCAAUGUGAUAUGGAGAGUUUAUUAGUUUUAUAUGAACAUACACCUUAUAUUGAAUAUCUUUCAGUAAAAUUAUGUGAUUCAUCGAAUGAUUAUCCACAAUUACCAUUAUUAUAUUCAUUAACAACAUUAAAUAUAAUAUGUGAAGAUUCAUUUCGAUUAGUUGAAACUCUUCUACGAAA